UGAUUUUUUUGAUAGGAAAAAAACGUAAAAGUAAAGUAAAACACUACUAAAUAAUGUAGAAAUUAUUCUAAUUCGAACGAUAAUUUAAUUAAUUACUCGGUUUACUAGUAAAUUUUACAUUCGUACUAUUCCAAUGUAUCGUUGUUCGGUUUCGAGCUAACGUUUGAACCUGUUUCGAAGCUCGAAUCGUUCCCAUUAGCUUAUCGAAAAUAUGACGAACGAUAAGGCUGAAGGAGAUAUUCGCUCAGUCGAAUGUUCCAAACCGUCGACCGGUCUGUGCGAAUCUGCUAAAUCAUCCAGCAUCGUCGAACCUAACCAUUCUAGUCUUCCUGAAUCGAGCUCGGUUCCAGAUGCAUCAUCGACCAGUAAAGAUAUAGUAAUAGUUAAAGCUAAAACAGAACGUAAAGUCUUCCGACCUUCGGUUAAAACAGUCAGCAGAAUCCCAGCCGAGAUCCUGAACGACGAACGAUUAAAACAAGCUUGCAAAGUGUUACCUGAAAACUACGACUUCGAAGUACCCAAAACGAUCUGGCGUAUAAGGCAACUAAAAGCUCGACGUGUUGCUUUACAAAUGCCAGAAGGGUUAUUGAUGUUUGCGGUCACAUUAUGCGAUAUUAUAGAAGAGUUUACCGAAGCUGAGACCGUUAUUAUGGGCGAUGUUACCUAUGGAGCUUGUUGCGUCGACGAUAUCACUGCCAGAGCGUUACAAGUUGAUUUACUAGUACAUUACGGUCACAGUUGCCUAAUACCCAUUGAUCCGAACAUGGGCAUCAAGUUUUUAUAUAUUUUUGUCGAUAUUAAAAUAAAUAUCGAUCAUUUUAUCGAUACGGUGUGCCAUAAUUUCGCACCGGAUACGAGAAUAGCUCUUGUGAGCACGGUGCAAUUCUUAACAUCGUUGCACGCUGCUCAUGGAAAGCUACAAAAGAAAGGAUACUCGACUAAGAUACCUCAGAGUAAACCGCUGUCUCCUGGAGAGAUUUUAGGAUGUACUGCUCCUACCGUUAGCGAUGUCGAUAUUAUUUUAUACUUGGGUGACGGUAGGUUCCAUUUGGAAGCUGCUAUGAUCGCUAAUCCUACGUUGAAAGCAUACAGGUACGAUCCAUACGAGAAAAAAAUAACCGAAGAAUUCUACGAUCAUAAUUUCAUGCGAGAAAGCAGACAACAAGCUAUCACCAAAGCCUUAAGUUCGUCAAAAUUCGGUCUAAUUCUAGGCACACUAGGUAGACAAGGAAGUCCAAAAGUACUCGAUCAACUUAAAGAACGUAUAACCAACGAUUCGAAUAAAUCCUGUACCGUUAUCCUACUCUCCGAAGUAAUGCCCGAUAAACUGAAACUAUUCGGCAACAGUAUAGAUGCCUGGAUACAAGUAGCAUGUCCCAGAUUAUCCAUAGACUGGGGAACGAACUUCGAUAAACCUUUACUUACUCCUUACGAAGGCAACGUUGUACUUAAUCACGCCGAAUGGACUAUCAAACAAGAACCAGACGAUCAUUAUCCUAUGGAUUUCUACGCCGAAACCAGUCUAGGACCGUGGACACCUAAUCACAAGUUUAAAGAAGGAUGCUGCGGGAAAGCGUGUAAAAAUAAGGAUAAAAAUUUAUGAAGAUCGAGUGUUCGACGACGUGCAGCGAUGGAAAUGGGAAUAAUUUCAAGAGCUUUUUUAUACCUGUUCGAACAACCCUCAUUUUUUCAUAAUCGUUCAUUUUAUUGUUUGUUGAAGAAGUGUUAUCGAUGUAGCUAAUUGUUUACGUAUGUUCAUCGAUGACCAUUAGGGUGGCCUUUAUAAAUGGUGAAAAAAUGUUCUCCAAAUUUAAUCGCUCCCAGUAACUAAAUCGGUUCAUUUCUCCCCAAAAAAAUAAGGUCCUAAAAUUUUCAACGUUAAAAUUUUAUUUUUUUAAAAUGCCCCAAGCCUCCUUUGAGAUUUUUUUUUUGUAUUUUCCAGUACUUCAAAAAAAACCUCUUUGUUUUGAGAAUUCUCAUUAUAUAGACAUACUUGCUCUAUUACGAUGCUUUUUGGGCCGGAAGAGGUUGUUGGAGGGGGAGGAGGAGGAGCUGGGACCCCAAAAUUUAGGCGAAAAUAUGAAAAAAUACACGUAUUAUGUGAGCAAAUUUUGGCCCAGUUUUUGAACAUUUAAUCAUCAUAAAACUUGAGCGAGGUAAACAUCGAAGGAUAAUUUUGACCUCCGUGGACCCGUUUGGGGGGGGGAGGGGUUCAUAUUCUUCAAACUUUUGUAUUUGUAAAAAUUUCCCAAAUUCAAAAAAAUGUUGACUGAAAACUAGAACUAGGUAAAUACUGUAACUAAAUUUAGAAUACAAAGGACGUAAAGUGAAUGGAGUAAAGAGAAAUUUAAAUACCCCCCCCCCCCCCCCCAAUUGGAAAAUAGGAACUUUUGUAAUUUUUUUACAUUUUUUUCUGCGUAUGAACUUUUUAAAUUUUUAUUAGUAGAUACCAAAAAAUUCAUUGAAAAGUGAACGAAUAAUUUUCUGGGUGGGGUGGAGGGGGGGGGGUCAUAGCUCAAAAAAAAAAUUAAAUGUGCUGAAUUCCAGAAUUUUUUUGCCAAAAAAUCGAGGUUAUUACUUCAAUCUUUAUUUCGAAUACGAAGGAGCGUUCGUGGGUAGAUUUGGUAUCGAGGAGGAGGAGGGGAGGGGGGGUAUGAAUGCCCCAAACAUUUAAAAAUGAGUAUUUUUGUAAUUUUUGUAUGUUACGUCAUCGCAUUGACUUCUUUAAAAUAAUAAGAAUGAGCCCUGAAAAAAAUGUUUGAGCCCAUGAAACCCAUCAGAUUAAGGGAGGAGGAGGGGGAGUCAUGUGCCCAAGUUUUUAAAAAAAAUGAUUUAAAUUUGCCGAAUUUGAGAAUUUUUUUACCAAAAAAUCGAGGUAAUCACUUCAAUUUUUAUUUCGAAUACAAAGGAGCGUUCUUGGGUAGAUUUGGUACCGAGGAGGGGGGGGGGUAUGAAUGCCCCAAAAAUUUUAAAAUGAGUAUUUUUGUAAUUUUUGUACGUUACUUCAUCGCAUUGACUUCUUUAAAAUAAUGAGAAUGAGCCCAGAAAAAAAUUUCUUAGUCCAUGAAACCCAUACGAUUAAAAGGGAGGAGAGGGAGAGGGUCAUGUGCCCAAGUUUAAAAAAAAAAUAAUUUAAAUGUGCUGAAUUUGAAAAUUUUUUUAUCGAAAAAUCGAGGUAAUUACUUCAAUUUUUAUUUCGGAUACGAAGGAGCGUUCUUGGGUAGAUUUGGUACCAGGGGGGGGGGGGGGGGGGGUAUGAAUGCCCCAAAAAUUUUGAAAUGAGUAUUUUUGUAAUUUUUGUACGUUACGUCAUCGCAUCGACUUCUUUAUAAUAAUGAGAAUGAGCCCUGAAAAAAAUGUUUGAGCCCAUGAAACCCAUCAGAUUAAGGUGAGGAGGGGGGGGGGGGGGGUCAUGUGCCCAAGUUUUUCUGAAAAAUAAUUUAAAUGUGCUGAAUUUGAGAAUUUUUUGACCAAAAAAUCAAAGUACCUAAUUAAUUUAAUUGUAUUUUGAAUACGAAGGACCAUUCUUAAGCGGUUUGGGAAGGGGGGGGGGGGGAUUAAACGCUCUAAGAAUUUUGAAAAUAAGUUUUUUGUCAUUUUCGUACGUUUUGUCAUCGCAUUGACUUCCUUGACUCUGAUCCUAGUACUAAAAAAUAUAUAAAAAAGUGCAGUGAAGAAUUAUUUUGACCUCGUAGGGGGGAGGGGGUGUCAUGUGCCCCAAUUUUUCUGUUUAAAUUUUGAAGAUUUGCCAAAUUUAAGGAUUGUUUCGAUUAAAUGUCAAAUUAAUCACUUCGCUUACAUUUUUUUUUUUUGGAUAUGAAGUACCUAAGACAGUCUUAAGAAGGGGGGGGGGGGUUAAAUCCUCUUUAAAUUUUGAAAAUAAUAUUUUAGUAUUUUUGUAAUUGACUUAUUUUAUCAUAAUAUGUACCAAAAAAUGAAAAAAAAAAACGAGCUCGGAGAAUAAUUUUGAUCUCGUGGGAUGCACAGCUUGGUGGGAAGAGGGGGGGGGUUCAUGUGUCCCGAGUUUUGAUUAAAUGAUGAAAAAUUAUCGAAUUCGAGGAUUUUUUCGAACGAUGAAGUACUUCAAUGUUGAUGUAUUUAAUUAGAAAGCGAAAUAUUUGGGGCAGACAGGGGGAGGAGGGGGGUUGAAAUUCCCCGCAAAAUUUGUAAUGGCAAAACGUACCAAAAUAAAAUUACAAAAAUGCUCAUUUUAAGAAAUUUUUGUAAGCUAUUUAUUUUAUUAGACCUAUUAGUUUUUUUUUAAAUUCGUAUAAUUGAGUGUGAAAGUCGUCUAGGCCGAUCCUCAAAAAAUUUUGAGCCAUUAACCCCCCCCCCCCCCGUCCUCUUCUUAAGACCUCCUCUUGGUCCUUCAUUAUGGCAAAUACGAUCAAAGUACUAUUUCCUUCGAAUUUUCAGAAUAUAUAAUUCUCAAAUUCAGGAAAUUUUCAUGAUUUUGAAAAAUUUGAAGAAAAUUACCCCCCCUCUCUCUUGAGACCUCCUUUUGGUCCUUCAUAUGGCAAAUACGAUCAACGUACUAUUUACUUUGAGUUUUCAGAGUAUACAAUUCUCGAAUUCAGAAAAUUUUCGUGGUUUUGAAAAAUUUGAAGAAAAUUACCGCCCCCCCCCCCUCUCUCUUAAGACCUCUUUUUGUUCCUUCAUAUGGCAAAUACGAUCAAAGUACUAUUUACUUUGAAUUUUCAGAAUAUACAAUUCUCAAAUUCCGGAAAUUUUCAUGGUUUUGAAAAAAUUGGAAGAAAAUUACCCCCCCCCCCUCUUUUAAGACCUCCUUUUGGUCCUUCAUAUGGCAAAUACGAUCAAAGUACUAUUUACUUGGAAUUUUCAGAAUAUACAAUUCCCAAAUUCAGGAAAUUUUCAUGAUUUUGAGAAAAUUGGAAGAAAAUUACUCCCCCCCCCUCCUUCUCUCCUUCUCCCCUCCUCUCUCCUGUGGGUCAUUUCAUUUAUUUUUCAGAACUUGGAGCAGAAAUGUAAAUAUGUUUUGACCUAAAACGUACAAAAAUUACUAAACUGAGUACCUAUUCAUUUUUAAAAUUUUGGAAGCAUUCAACUCCCCUCCCCCCCCCCACUGGACCACCUUAGAUUCUUCGCAUUAGAAACACAAUUACAGAACGUACAUUCGAAUUUUAAAUUAAAAAAUUCUCGAAUUCGACAAAUUUUCAUCAUUUGAAAACAUUUAGGGUCAAUGAACUCUCCCAAAAUUGGUUUCAUGGGGUUAAAAUAUUAUUCUUCGCUGUUUAACUCGCACGAACAUUCGAGCUUUAUGAUCUAAAAAUUCAACGAGCCAAGAUUUACUCGCAGACGAAUUUUCUCUCACUUCAGGUCUUCAUUUUGGAACCACAGCUUCCCUCCCCCCUCCCUCCUGCCACCAGCAAUCCCAUUUGAAUCCAAAAUGUAUCGUAAUGAAGCAAGUAUGCGUAUAUUUUAGGAAUUUGAAAUAAAAACAGAAUUUAUUCUGAAUUUGUAAUGCUGAAAAAAAAAAAAAAAAAACUUUCCUAUACUUCAUGGUAGAGGCCUCAAUCUUUCGAGCUGAAAUUUUCAGGAGCUCGUUUUUCUAGAACAAUGUACCGGUUUACUACUUCUUUGUUCACUCGCAUCAAUAUUGAUCAAUCAUCACUCAAUCAAAUCAAUUUAUCGAUGUGUUUUUUUUUUCUCGAGUUUAUCUACGUACUUAUAAAUGAUUUUGCCUCGUUCAAUAUAUUGUGUUGUUUUAACCAUUCAUUAUGUUACGUUGAAUUUUAGUUGAAUUGAAAAAUAGAAGACUUUGCGGUUUUUUA